AGGAACGAAAACAGGAAGCUGUGCGUAUUCCUGAGACGCAGCGGCGAGUUACAUUUGGAGUAAAGCGACAUGGGCUAUUCGCUGAAAUGUGGGUUUUUAAUAUCAUGUCUAUUUGCAGGGUGGGCAGUUACACCAAUUAAUGUUGCUGAAUGCUCGGUUUAUCCACUGGAGGUGAAUGGCGAUGGUUCACAAAAUCUUUCGUUGUCAAUGGACUCUGUGUCACCUAGUUUUCAGAAGAGUUUGGGAUUCUUCUACUCUCUCAGUCUUUCAUCCAUCUUUCCAGAUGAGGUUAACGAGUAUUGCACUGAACUGCUUCACGUUUUCGGUCAACGCUAUGAUGCUUUUGCGAACUGUUUGGUGUCUUACGCACGACCUGUCAAAAUCUGUCAAAACUGUUAUCCAGCGUUCAACAGUCUGGGGGAAAUAUAUACAAAUAUAUCUGAAGACCUGGGCCCUGGAAAUGUCAGUUGCCAUGACAGCCUGAUGCGUUCUGAUAGACUGAUGCUACUCUUUACUCUCUUCAGCAAAUUCGAUGAGAUCUGGACAAUAGCAGGAUGCAGGCAAUGUCUCGCUGAAAAGCAACAGUCUUUGUCCAACGACACUCUUUUCUUCAUGGGCACUCUGAAUCUGUCACUUUCGUGCUUUGAGAAGUAUCAGGGGAAUCACUCUUUACUGUGUAAAGUCUGCAAAGCCACAUACAAAAGGUUGAAUGAGCUGUAUGGUAGAAUGGAGAAGAACCAUACACUUUGCAUUGAUAUAGAAGAUGCAAUGAACAUGACACGACGUUUGUGGAGUACAAACUUUGGUUGCUCAUUCCCUCGCGAGGAGACUGUGCCAGUCAUUGCAGUAUCCAGCUUCAUGCUCUUCCUGCCGAUCAUCUUCUACCUAAGCAGCUUUCUGCAUUCAGAACAAAAGAAACGCAAGCUCAUACACCCCAAGAGAGCCAAGUCCAGCAGCAAUCUAAUAAAUAUCAUGGACAAAUUCAAUUGAGUGAAAAGAGGUGAGCGGGGAAUCACUCACCUCUUAAAAUCACCUAAAAUUGACUGGCAGUAUCUGAACGGAUGGGUGGGAUUCACUGCUUCCCCUGGACUCCUGGUUUAAUGACAUUAUGGUGAUGUCAAGCUGCUGUCAUUACGUUCUGUUGUUUUACUUAAGCAGAAUUAUUUACUGUAAGAUUUGCACUAUUAAUCUAUUACAAUAGGUCUUGUUGUAUUUGAACUAAAAAGAGAUAAUUCUACCAUUUGUCAAUGAGGCUUUACAAUCAUUUCAAUAUUAUGAGGAAAGUUAGUAGUAUUAUUUUAUGUACAGCAUGAAAAAGAGAGACUUUUAUGUGAGAAUUUUUUUACUGGACAAAGAAACCACGUUACAUAUUUAUUUUGUCUAUUUUGCCAUGUAAUACUGAUUUCUAAACAAUUUAUGUAAACAAGAAAUACGAAAAUAUAAUUAAAAAUGUUUAAAGCUUCCUGAGAGUAUUAUAUAAAAUGUAAAUCUAAUAACAUUUUUCAUAGGAUCUAUUUAAUUAACAAUGCCUUUUUUGUUGACUUAUAUAUUUGCAAGAUUUGUCCUAUCCCAUAGCUUCCGUAUACCUUGCUAUUAAAAUGUUAAUUUAAUUUAACUCCAUAAGCCUUUUCCGUGGUGCGAUUUUUAAGCUCAUUGUUUUCAGGGUUACGUGGACUUUCCUUCGGAUUGCAAAGUACUCAUUUCCCCCUUUAUUAGCAGCUAAUCUAAAUGUAGGAUAAAUUUGCUUGGCUGAAUAAUCGACACCUUCAUUUAAGCUGCAUUGGCUUUUUGGUCUUAGGGAGCUGAGCCGUUGCCCAUCACGUUGGUUGUUAAGCGCAUUUUGCUUGAUUUGUUGAAUCAUAUGAUUGUACAGGAAUAUGUGGGGAAAAAUAGGCUUCUCAUAGCCGGCUCAUGAGCGCAGUAUUACGGCUUUCACCAAUGCAAUCUGUUAAGCGCUGGCGAAAGUCAUUACUCCUGACCUGACUGGCAAAUGUUUUACAGCCACGUGUUGAGGGAACUGAAGCAAAACCUAAAAUACCUUUUGAGGCACAUGACCCAAGUCUUUUUUUUACCUGACAGGAACCAUAGAGAGAAUGAGCUCAAAACUGGAUGGGGAUAUAUGAGACUAACCCUCUUUAUGUUUGCCCCUGCAAGAAUCAGAGCAGUAACUUUGGACAAAGGCUUUAGAAAUCCACCAAACCAAUGUCUUGAAAAGAAAGAUUGUCAAUCUGUUUAAAUGGCAAUCUGUUUAAAUAUUGCCAUUAGGAUUUUGGAUAACCUGUUAGAAAUCAUUGUGUUUGUGUUGAUGAUUGCUGUCUGUGCUAUAUCAGAGAAACUUGUAUACUAACCAAAACUGUGAUUGUAUUUUGAAACUUUUGGAAUGAUGUGAUUUUAUAACAAAUAAUAAAAUGACAUCUAAUUCUAGA